ACAGUACGGGCGCCGGUUUGUUGAUUGCUUGUUUUUCGUUGUGGGUUAGGACUCGGUUUACUUCUGUUUCUAAACACGUGGUUGACGUGUUUUCGACCUCUGUGGGUAUUGUUGACCGUUUUUAUUUCCAACUAUGGCCGAGGAAGUAAGAAAGAAGAAGGAAAAGAAAAUGAAAAGCCUAGGCGAAUUCCAGGAGGAAGGUGAAUUUCACAUAAAACCAUCAAGUGAAAUACCCGAACUUCAUACAUCGGAUUGGCCUUUGUUGAUGAAGAAUUACAGCCAACUGCAGACAAAGACCAACCAUUUUACACCACUUCCAUUUGGUGCUUCACCUUUACAAAGAAAUAUCCAAGAUUAUGUUAAAUCAGGAUGUAUAAAUUUAGACAAGCCGUCGAAUCCUAGCUCGCACGAAGUUGUUGCUUGGAUAAAGCGGAUAUUGAGGGUCGAAAAGACCGGUCAUUCUGGAACUUUGGAUCCAAAGACUUCAGGGUGCCUGAUUGUUUGUAUUGAAAGGGCAACAAGGUUAGUUAAAUCACAACAGUCUGCUGGAAAAGAGUAUAUAGGAAUAUUUAAACUCCAUGGUCCUGUUGAAAGUGAAGAGAAGAUAUUAAAAGCUAUGGACUUAUUAAGGGCCGCACAAUUUCAGAGACCGCCUUUAAUUUCAGCAGUCAAAAGGCAACUCAGAGUUAGGAAUAUAUAUGAUUAUAAACUUUUUGAAUUUGAUAAGGAGAAAAAUAUGGGUAUAUUUUGGAUUAAGUGUGAAGCUGGUACAUAUGUUAGGACAUACUGUGUACACAUUGGGCUUUUGCUUGGUGUCGGAGGUCAAAUGUUGGAACUUAGAAGGAAUAAAUCAGGUUUUCACUCAGAAGCCAAUGGUCUGGUUACCAUGCACGAUAUCCAGGACGCUCAGUGGUUAUAUGAUAACCACAAGGAUGAAUCAUAUCUUCGGAGAGUUAUAAGGCCGCUUGAAUGUCUUCUAACUAAUUUUAAAAGAAUAGUGAUGAAAGACAGUGCAGUAAAUGCCAUUUGCUAUGGUGCCAAAAUAAUGCUUCCCGGUGUAUUGAAGUUUGAGGAUGGAAUUGAAUUGAAUGAAGAAAUUGUCAUCAUGACCACAAAAGGGGAGGCAGUUUGUCUAGCUGUUGCCUUAAUGACUACAUCUACAAUUGCAAGUUGUGAUCAUGGCUUGGUAGCGAAAAUCAAAAGAGUAAUCAUGGACAGAGAUACUUAUCCGAGGAAAUGGGGCUUAGGGAAAAAGGCAUCUUUGAAGAAAAAAAUGAUAAUGGAAGGUCUACUCGAUAAAUAUGGUAGACCUAAUGAUAAAACUCCUGCUGAUUGGCUAUCAAAAGAAGCUGAAGAAAGCUGUGAAGGAAAUGGAGUGAAGGUGGAAGUGAAAGAAGAAAAGGAUUUUGACAGUCGAAAGAGGAAGUUAUCCGAAAGCCCAUCGGUUUUGAGAGAUGUAGAAGCAUCUUCUGAGAAAAAAAAGAAGAAGAAGAAGAAACAUGGCGAAGAAGUGGAGCAGCAAGUUGUUGAAGAAACUUCGCUUGUAGAGGUCAAGAGUGAGAAGAAGAAGAAAAAGAAGAAAAACAAAGAGUCGAUGGAAGUCACAGAAGAGAGUUAAACAUAAUUUUAACUACAUUGUGUAUUUUAGGUUUUUUAAAAUGAUUUUGCAGCACACAUCAUUAGUUGUUACUUUUUACUUACCUUUUUAUAUAUAAAUUACCCUAAAGAAG